AUGAUCGACGUCCAGGAUUUUUUGUUGCGUGACUGUAAGGCAUCAUCUAAAAAAUUGGUGGAGCAAGCCAAAAUGCGUGCGGCAGAGCUCCGGCAAGAAAUGGAGGAAGGAAAGAAAGCGCUAUUGGAUGCACUCGAGGCAGAGAAAGAAAACCUUGACGAAGAUGGAAAUGCCAUUCCGCGUGCUUUUACGAUAUCUGUGCGUAGCAUCACUGGUCCGUACAAAGGACGAAAGUUCUCUAUGGAAGUCGACGUGAAACGACAUUCAUCCUGUUUUGUUGGUCGUUCUACUGGUCGGAAAUACCGCUCUCCUAGAGGCCUGAGCAUGCCCAAGGACUCAGAGCUUUCGACGACACAUGCAGAGAUCAAAAUGGAGACUUCAGGUAAAGUUUUCUUUAUCGAUUCGGAGAGUACCAACGGCAGCCGUAUCGACGAUGUGGGAUUGGAGCCGAAGGUGCCGUACGAGCUCACGACUAGCAAACCCAUCAAAGUGGAGGUCGGCGCAGGCGAAUACGAAUUCACUUUCGAGCAGAUUGCGUAG